CCCUUCUCUCUCUCUCUCUCAAGUCUAACUACACUGUGAGCAGAGUGAGAUAGUGGAACCAGCGAGAACAACAGGUUCAAGCUCAGAUCAGCAACAAUGAUGGCUUCCUCUUCCAAGGACCGUGAGAACUUCGUCUAUUUAACUAAGAAAUGGUGGAUCCUGUUCUCUGUUGGGUACAAGAACGUGGUGGGUUCAAGGAGGGCUUCAUGGAGGAUCCUGUCAAAGAUAGAGCAGAAGGAAGAGUCAAGGGGCAAUGAGGUAAAUGCAAAGCUCAUAAGGGAAUACAUGCACAAGGUGGAGUUUGAGCUCUCCAAAAUUUGCAGUGACAUUAUGAUUGUCUUAGAUGAGCAUCUUAUCCCAUCCACUAAUGUUGCUGAGUCCACUGUUUUUUACUAUAAAAUGAAAGGAUACUACUAUCGGUAUUUAGCGGAAUUUAAAGAUGGUGAUGAGAAAAAAGAGGUGGCAGAUCAGUCACUUAAAGCAUAUGAGAGUAAUAAAGAAGGCCACUUGUUCUGUUCUAACACUCAUCUAUCUAUUUAACUAUUUUUCUUUUGGGCACAAAAGAAAUUAAAUUGAAGAAAAUCAUCUCCUUUUAAGAAAGAAAAGUAAAAAUGGCAGGUCCAGAGGUUGAUGCAAAUGGGAAUGGCUCAUUGAAGUUGAAGCCAAGUGAGACCAGAGGAAAGAACAUCCAAUGAAAUAAUAAAAUUAAAACAAUAUUUACUUGAAUGAAACCGAAUAUCUUUUAUUAAAAAAAAAAUAUUAUACACAUUCAUAUAGCUCAAUAAAUGUACAUUGAAAAUAAUGAAAUAUAAUUGUGUUAGAUACAUGAUAUGAUGAUAUACUAGGCUAAGAAUAAAUGAAACUGUCAUUGAUUAUAAUUUAUAUAUGAAGAGAUUUAAUUUUAAUGAUGGAGUUUUAUCAUAAAAACCUCCAAAUAACUUCUUAACUUGCAGAUUAAUUAUUCAAAUGGAUAUAAUUUUUUAGGAAGAGUUUAAGUGUAUCGAGAACACCGGUGUUCCAGUUGUUU